CGAAUAAAACUGUCUAUCUAUCCAAAUCCAAUCCCCCAGAUAGAACAUGUAAGAUGUUGAAUCAAGUGCAGCACAGCUACAUCCACCUACACUGCAGCCAGUUCAAUUCGACGCCCAGGCCACGUGAUCACAGCGCCGACGCGUGACAGCAACACCACCUCCCAACAGAAAGCCGGCGUCUGACUGUUGCUCUUCACGAAUCACCGUCCAGGAUACGAAGCUUAUCUUUUUGAUUAUUGUUUGUUUAUUUAUUCAGUUUUGACUAAUUGGGUUUAUUGUAAUUUUUGGCCUCUUCUUUGUAUGUUUGCCGACGGGUGUACUCCGUAGCCCGUGAGUGGAACCAUCCCUGCCUGAGGCGGAUUUGGCAAGUGUGGAUGGAAUGAUGAGAUGUGGUGAUCAGUUGAUCAUUUACUUCAUUUCAACUCAAUUCAUUCAUCACUUUCUUCUUAGUAUGGUCGUCGACCAAAGACCAGCCUGCACUUCUUGCAGAGCGAAAAAGAAGAAGUGUGAUCGAGGUCAACCGUCAUGCGGGCGAUGCAAAUCGCUAAACCUAGAAGGCGAGUGUUUUUACAAACCCGGAACUGGGGCUACAAACACGCCUGCACCAUCGGCCCGGAAACGGCAAAAGAUCAGCCAUCCACGUUCACUGUCUCAUUCUCAUUCUUAUCCUUCCCAGCGUCCUUAUCCGACGCCGGCGGUGGUGAUUGCUACGCCUUCUCGGGGGUUGCAUAGUGAGGCUGUUGAUUGGAGGAGGGGGAGUAUUGAGUUGGGGGAUUCGCCUGUUUUUCGGCUUGCGCCUGUUCCUGCUCGCGCGCCUGCUUCUGAGCCUAGGUCUGGUUCGGAGGUUGGGGAAGAUGGUGCUGAAGAUGUCGAAAAUGCCGAAAACGUUGAAGAUGCUGACGAUGCUGGAGACGUUGGAGACGCUGACGAUGAUGACGUCGAAAACGGUGAAGAUGUCGAAGAUGUCUAUAAUGCUGUCUCGCAAGAAACAGCGGGGGAUGUAGAAGACGCAGAAGAUGCAGAAGAUCUUCAGUAUGAUGAAAACGCCGAAGGCGCUGAAGAUGUCGAUGAAGUCGAGGGAAGCGAAGAAGAAGAGGAAGGGGAGGACGACGAGGAAGCCGACAAUACCGACUCACAAGAAACAGCAGAAGAGGCUGCUAACAGUCAAGCAAUUUCAGAGUUGAUGAACGUUGCAGGAUCAGUUGGAGAUGUUGACGUGAAUGGCCAAGACCAUGACCAAGAUGAGCCUGAGGAGUCGGAAUUGACAAACCAGACAUUUGACACAGCUGUGGUUUCUCAGCGGACACCCUCUCCAACAAGGGAUGGCCGUAUGUCGCAUCUGAAAAAGUUGCAGACAGAGGUGGACCGGGGAACAGGCAAUGUUCAAGAAGAAGAGGCACGGGCAAAGACCCCCCAAGCUGAUUCCGAGGAAGUCCUCUUGCCAUCUACUGGCGAUCGGGUUGGCCUGGCUCAACCGGUGCAUUUACCAAAAGAGCUUGCAGAUCAUUUGGUUGCUAUCUACAUCACGCGGCAACACGUGGAUCUACCAAUUUUGAAUCUAACCGAGUUCAAAUCGGCGUAUGAAGCGGCCAGAGCCGAUGACAGCCUGACCACAGGGUCAACUGCCUUCCAUGGGAUACUUUGUAUCAUAUUUGCGCUUUCGAGUCUAACUAUAGACACGAUCAGUGACCAGAAGAGGCAAUCCCUUUUCAACCGAGGUCAAAAGCUCACCAAUGUCUUUGGUAGUCGGGGAACCCAAUGGGUGAUGAUGCAAUCUUACAUCUUGCAGAGCCAAUAUGUCAACGCGACAGGAAACCCCAGAUUAGCGUGGGCAUUUAUCGGUUAUACAAUCAGCAUGGCGCAGUCGCUUGGACUGUUUUCUAAGACAAUAGGACAUGGUGUACGUGAGAGACGAGACAGAGAACUCGCACGGAAGAUUUGGCAUAGCGCUGUAAUUAUGGAGCGUAUUCUGGCAUUGCAGCUAGGUAUAUUACCUCGAACCUCGAAUGCGUUUCAAAUUCCUCUGCCAUCUCACCUUGACGAGGACUAUGUUGAUGCAAUUUCCGGUGAAUUGUCUAAGACGAAAGAUGACCGGCCGUCGGUAGUUGAGUUCAUGACUGCUUCUGCUAGGUUGUAUAACCACGUGGAAGAGAUUAUGGGCUUGGAGGAAGAAUUCCGACUUCGCGCCAAUGGUUGCUCAGCGAAGAAGCUGUUAGCAUUUGACAUGCAGCCAUUCCUAAAAGUGGACGGCCUCUUAUACGACUGGAAGGUAUCGUUGCCGUCAUUCCUACGGGUGGAUGGGACUGGAGAAGAUCCGGACGAUCCGAUUGUGCUUCGACAGCGAAAUGUUCUUAGGAUACGAUAUCUGUAUAUCCGCCUACGGUUGUACCGACCAUUUUUGAUUCUCGGACUUGCUCUUUCGACUCAAUGCAACUGCCGAUCUAAAACACCCCAUCUUACCGGCGAGGACUUUACCUCCCCAGACUCACCAAUAGCACUGGGCUUGGUCCGCGACGCUUCGAUCAAGUGCGUGGUGGCUGCUAUUGAGUUGGUGAAUUUGCUCAACCGAUACGAGUUUGGCCUCUCCAACGAAGACCGCCCCAGCCCUGUCGCGGAAUACUGGGAGAAUGUCGAUUAUCUAUAUGCCUGUGGGACGGUUCUCAUCGCGGCACGAUCAUGUCCUUUCCUGUCGGGGGAUAAACCAAAUUCGAUUAGCAGGAAGAGACUUGACUGGGUUUGGACCAAGAUCAAACAUCUCCUUAAGCAUUACGAAAAGAAACGCCGAAACAGUCGACUGAGAAACGUUGCGCAGUCAUGUCUCCGCAUUUUGGUGAUUCUCUCAGAGACAGAAUCCCUCUCGCAGCUGCUGGACGAGCAGAUGGGGAAUCGACUCUUCCAGCGAAGCGAACCAGACACACCACGGAGAAGCAGCCACGCCAGGAAGAGAGUAUCCGAUGCAUCUUGUUUCAUACUCGAUGACGACGUGAUCCUGACAUCUCAGCUCCCCCAGCCCGGGAUCCAAACCAAGGGGACAUUUUUCGGCUGGAUCGAGAGUUUACCUGUUGAUUUGAGCGAUGAGCUAUAGUUAUACCCACUGUAUUGAUAAUGAAUCUACUCCUUUCUGAUGACCCUAAUACAUCGCCCACCCCCCCGUAGCCGCAACAACCUGCCCCGUAAUCCACCGACUCUCCUCACUCCCCAACCAACCCACCACCUGCGCAACAUCAUCCACCCUCCCAAUCCGCCUCUCCACCGGCGUCUGCGCCUUUUGCAUAUCCACUAUCUCCCCCGGAAUAUUCUCCAACAUCUCCGUCGCCGUCGGCCCAGGAUUCACCUGAUUCACCGUAUGCCCGGCCAUCCCCAACUCCGCCGCCCAAGACCUCGUCAACCCCUCAAGCGCAGCCUUAGACGCACAGUACACCGACAUGCGCGCAAACCCGCACCUCGCAGCCACAGAACCAAUAUUGAUGAUCCGACCCGGCGCGCGGAGAUACGGCAGCACAGCCUGC